CAGAGAUGAAACAAAAACAAAGGAACUAGAGCAAAAUCAUGAGAUGAAGGAAAGCCGCCAGGAAAAAUUGGGAAAAGGCUGAAACCUAGUGGGUAGGAUGGUCACGAGGAAGGACGUAAUCUCAUCCCCGACUACACUGCCGGUAAGAAUAAUCCACAAAAGCCACGUCUACCCUCUAAUCUCUUCUUUCCUUCAUUCUUCACAGUGACGUUGAGAGAAGCUAAUAAUUGCUCCCCCGUAUUCCCUUUUCAAUUUUUGUUUUUUCUUUUUGGGUCUCUGUAUGUCCCCAAUACACAAUAAAGAAGGGCGGAGUCCCGGCGUGGAGCACAGAGACAGAACCUUCUCUUCGGAUUUUGAUGUUUGAAAACUAGGGAAAAAUAGUUGGUGCUUUUCUCUCCAUCCAUAGCCAGCUCAAAUCCACUCAAAAGUGGAAUCUAAGUCUUAUUAUUUAACUUUGCUUCCACCCCAUCUAAUCAAAGUUUUUCCCUUCUACAAGCUCUAAUAUGAGAUUCAGUUCUCAAAGAAUCUGGUUAUGCUUUUUAUUUUUUGCCCUACAUUUUUCAUUGAAGUUUGACUUGCUGUGGUCUUUCUGCAAUCUAUACUUACCUGUCGGGUGUUAAGAUUGACGCCAUCUUUACUUAUCUUUGACGGCCCCUCUAUGUUCUAUUGGGAAGCUGUUGCUCUUUCCCCUUUUAUCUACAGCUCAACUAAGAUUCGUUGUUGUAGUGAUUUGUUUCCAUUGGUUCUGAGUCCAAUUUAUUUGGUCUAGUAGCUCCCUGUUAUGAUAGAAAGGGGAAUUAGACUAUGAAAAUUAUCAUGACCACAUUCUCAAGUUUGUGUAGUUAUUGUCUUCCUGCCCUCUCCAUGUUCCACCCCAUAGAUACUUAUUUAAAUCCACCAUAAACAAAAGCCAUUUUUGUUUGAGCAGCCAUCCUUUUCUUGCAAGUAGUUGUCUGAGGGACAAGUUGAACCGUGCUGCAAACUUUUGGUUAUGUGGUUUGUAAAUACCAACCUAACUUUCUAGAAAUGGAAGUUUGGGGUUUUUGUUAAAAUCUCCCUUAUUUUAAGUCAUGAACUGAAGUGAAACUGAAUACCUGCUAAAUCUUGUCAAUUUAGUGCAGGGGAAAGUAAAUGCUGGAAGAUUAUGAGGUGAGUGUAGAAUGCUAGAGUUGGUGGUCCAAGGUGAUGGUUCUUCAAUGUUUGAUUGAUUCUAAGAUGUGCCUUGCUCCUACUGGGCUUUGCUUCCAUACUGUUAAAUUUCUCUUUUUACCACCUGUAUUUUUAGCAACUAUUCCAAUGCAGUGAUUACACAGACCUUAUUUUGCUUAAGCGUGGUUUUAUUAUCAUGUGUAAUUCAUAUACUUUACAUUUUUAAUUUAGGACUUGGUUAUUUUGCAGAGAUGGAAGUAACUCAUAAGCUAAUCAGAGAUUUUAUGUUUUGUGGAAUUGAUCACUGGGGUUGAUGUUGUUAAAGAUGGAGCUGUUACUUUCUGUUCUGUUACUGGUUUGCUUGUUCUCAUUUGUGUUGCCUGAUGCUCAAGGAGAUGCACUAUAUGCAUUGAGGACUUCAUUGAAUGCGUCAGCCAAUCAGUUGACAGAUUGGAAUCAAAAUCAAGUUAACCCAUGCACUUGGUCAAAUGUUAUUUGUGAUGGUAACAAUUAUGUAAAAUCUGUAACAUUAUCAUCCAUGAACUUUUCUGGAACCUUGUCCCCUAGAAUAGGAAUUCUGAAGACUCUUACAACACUUACACUGAAAGGAAGUGGUAUAACUGGUGGGAUACCAGAAGAGUUUGGAAACUUGUCAAGUUUGACCAGCUUGGAUUUGGAAAAUAAUCAUUUAAGUGGUGAAAUACCCCUUUCCCUUGGCAAACUUCAAAAGCUUCAGUUCUUGACAUUAAGUCAAAACAAUCUUACUGGGGCAAUCCCUCAGUCACUUUCUGGUCUCCCAAACUUGAUCAAUCUCCAGCUUGAUUCAAAUGGUCUUAGUGGUCAAAUUCCUGAUCAUCUUUUCCAAAUUCCACAAUACAAUUUCACAGGAAACAGCUUAAAUUGUGUUGAAAAUUCUUUACACCCCUGUGUAUCUGUGAAUGAUUCAGGUGGUUCUCGAAAGCCCAGGAUUGGAAUUAUUGUGGGAACUGUUGGACUUGUAAUUCUUGUUCUUUUGGGUAGCUUACUAUUCUUCCUGUGGAGGGGUAGACGGAAAGGCUACAAACGCGAAGUAUUUGUGGAUGUUGCUGGUGAAGUUGACAGAAGAAUUACUUUUGGUCAACUGAAAAGGUUUGCAUGGAGGGAAUUACAGUUGGCCACAGAGAGUUUCAGUGAAAAGAAUAUCCUUGGACAGGGUGGUUUUGGAAAGGUUUAUAAAGGAGUUCUUGCUGAUAACACAAAAGUAGCUGUUAAACGAUUAACUGAUUUUGAAAGUCCUGGUGGAGAUGCAGCUUUCCAACGCGAAGUUGAGAUGAUAAGUGUAGCUGUUCAUAAGAAUCUGUUACGGCUGAUUGGCUUUUGCACGACACCAACAGAACGCCUUUUGGUCUAUCCAUUUAUGCAGAAUUUAAGUGUAGCCUAUCGUUUACGAGAACUCAAACCUGGUGAAGCUAUUUUGGAUUGGCCUACAAGAAAAAGAAUAGCCUUAGGUGCAGCACGUGGGCUAGAAUACCUGCAUGAACAUUGCAAUCCUAAGAUCAUCCAUCGGGAUGUGAAGGCAGCUAAUGUAUUGUUGGAUGAAGACUUUGAAGCAGUUGUUGGUGACUUUGGCCUAGCAAAGUUGGUGGAUGUGAGACGGACUAAUGUGACAACCCAAGUUCGUGGGACAAUGGGCCAUAUAGCACCUGAAUACUUGUCCACUGGAAACAGAAAAAAGAGAAACCAUAAUGUUGAUCUCAUGGUCCCCCUCUCUGUUUUUCCUCCUCUUCCUUCUAAUCCUUUCCAUGCUUCUUCUCAUGAACAAGAAGAAAAGCGGGAGAAUGGGUUUCAAGCUCCCUCCAAGCCCUCCAAAACUCCCUAUCAUAGCAUAAAGGCUCUGGUGGUUUCUUCAGCUGAGGCAGCAAGAGAUGUCCUCAAAACUCAUGACCUCGAUUGCUGCAGCCGGCCAUCUUCCCCUGGACCAAAGAGGCUCUCUUACAACCACCUAGACAUAGCAUUUGGGCCUUAUGGGGAUCACUGGAAGAAGAUGAGGGCGCUUUUCAUUUCCGAGCUUGUGAGCAUGAAGAGAGUAAAAUCCUUUGCUUAUGCAAGAGAGGCUGAGGUUGAUAAAUUGAUCAACACCCUAUCACAAAAUUCCCACACGCCGGUCAAUCUCAACGAGAAGCUAUAUGGCCUAGCAGAUGGUGUCAUCGGCACUGUGGCCUUUGGUAAGAUAUACGGAGCAAAUCAAUUCAAGAGUGAGGAAUUUCAUUAUCUUCUUGAUGAGGCCAUGGAAAUGUUUGCUGGCUUUGCUGCGGAGGACUUUUUUCCAUCAGUGGGAAGGCUUGUGGAUGUUUUGACAGGACUCAAAGCUAGGCGCGAGAAGAGCUUCAGGGAGCUCGACGCUUUCUUCGAAUCAGUGGUUGAGCAGCAUCUUGAUCCUACCAGGCCUAAACCCGAACACGAAAAUCUUGUUGAUGUCCUAAUUAACUUGCUGAAGAAGCAAAGUGCCAGUUUCAGUUUCACAAAAGACCAUGUUAAGGCAAUACUCCUGGUAUACUGUUUCUGCUUUCUCCCUUUGAAUUAAUAUCUCCAAGUUCUUUCUUUUCAUGUAGAUACAGUCCAAAUCUUCACUGAUGUCUCUAGAUAUUCAACCCUUUUGCCCUGUUUCAUCCUUAGUAAUAAGAUUUUUAAUUCUUUUAAUUUACUUUUCAGGAUACAUUCCUUGGUGGGAUAAAUACUAGUUCAGUUACCAUAUUAUGGGCAAUGUCAGAGCUGAUCAAGAAUCCAAGAGCCAUGAAGAAGGUACAAAUUGAAAUUAGGAGUUCUGUUGGAAAGAAAGGAAAGGUGGAGGC